AUGACGGCCAUACUCAAGCCCGGCAACACGGCCGUCAUCACGGGCGGGGCGUCGGGCAUCGGCCUGGAGCUGGCCCAGCGCUGCGCCGGGUCCGGCAUGAAGGUGCUGGUCGUGGACUGGGACUCGAAGCUUUUAGAGUCGGUGGGCUCUGUUGCCAACAACAUCUCGACCGUCAAGGCCGACGUCUCCAAGCCCGGGGACUGGGCCGCCGUCGCCGCGGCGGUCGAGUCGGAGCUCGGCGGCGCCGUCUCGCUCCUCGCCCUCAACGCCGGCAUCGGGCGCAGGUCGGGCUGGGACGACGCGGCGCCGUUUAGGGAGACGAUGGGCGUCAACUUCUUCGGCGUCGUCAACGGCGUCGCCGCCCUGCUGCCCAUGGUGAGGCGCGCGGCGGGGCCGGCGGCCGUUGUUAUCACGGGGUCCAAGCAGGGCAUUACGAACCCGCCCGGGAAUCCUGCCUACAACGCAAGCAAGGCUGCCGUCCGCAGCGUGGCCGAGCACCUCGCGUACGACCUGCGCGGCGACGCCGACCCGGCCGUGCACCUCCUGGUCCCCGGCUGGACCUUUACGGCGAUGACGGGCGCCGACGGCAGCCGGGAGAAGCCGGCGGGCGCGUGGCUGGCGAGCCAGGUGGUGGACCACCUGGUGGUCAAGAUGGACGAGGGCAAGUUUUAUGUCCUGUGCCCGGACAACGACGUGUCCGAGGACACGGACAUGCGGCGCGUGCUGUGGUCCGCCGGCGACCUGGCCGAGGGACGCCCGCCGCUGACGCGCUGGAGGGAGGAGUGGAAGGAGAGGGCGGCCGAGUUUAUCGAGCGAAAGGAUGCGUGA